UUGUGUUGGGGCGCCUUUGUUGGGCGAAAGUGGACUCUUCUGUAACUGCACUCCAGUUUAUCUGUGCAUCUCUUUGUUCCAAGGAAACUAGCCGUACAUCAAAAGUGUGCAUGCAUCUUAAUCUCGUGGAAGAAGCAAUUCUUGUGCCACAAUCAGAUGACGAGACAUACCAAUCAACAGAAGGAAGUCGAGACAUCAGGCCAAGUCGUCACUUUUCCAUUAGUCGAAGCUUGUCUGCCGUCGACAGUGGCAAAUUGUCCUUUGAUGAGUCGUCCAGCCGAAAGCAAUUUCGCCGGCAGACUCACUCAAUUCUACGCUAUCGACGCACCAGCAGUGUCCGUGAAGAGGUUGGCUCGUAUAUAAACGGUGACCUCACACACCGGGGACUCGUAUUGCGCUACUGCGGUCAGUCUGAGCCGUUGGACUUCAAUGAGGUGUACUCGGAGAGUGUCCUGAGGAAUUGUCGCAAGGUCGGCGAGGGUGUGUACAGUGAGGUGUUCAUGUUCAAGGACCUCCAUGGGCGUCCAAUUGUGCUGAAGGUGAUUCCCAUUGAGGGUGACAAGCUGGUGAAUGGUGAGGUGCAGAAGCGCUUCGAGGAGAUCAUCUCGGAGAUUGUCAUCACGGCGGAGUUGAGCAAAUUGAAGAAUGGUCAGGAAUAUCGAACGGCAGGAUUUGUGGAUUUGGUCAAUGUGAGAUGCGUCCAGGGAAGCUAUCCUGAACAUCUGGUGGAUCUCUGGGAGUUGUAUCGCGACAACCAAGGCACAGAUAACGAUCAUCCGGAGAUUUUUGACCACGAUCAGCUGUACAUUGUGCUUGAGUUGGGCAACGGUGGACAGGAUUUGGAGGCGUUCAACUUCAAGAAUGCCCUCGAAGCCUAUUCUGCAUUCAUUCAGGUCGCCCUUUCGCUAGCUGUUGCCGAGCAGAAGUACGAGUUUGAGCAUCGGGAUCUUCACUGGGGAAACAUUUUGCUGUCCAAGACAGACGACAAGGAGAUUGAGUUUCUCUUCAAUGGUGAGAUAAUUGCCAUUCCGUCGCACGGCGUUCGUGUCACGAUCAUUGACUACACGCUGUCGCGAAUGGUGUACGCUGGCCAAUGUCAGUACAACGAUCUCGCCCAGGACGAGGAACUGUUCUCAGCCAGUGGUGAUUAUCAAUUCGACAUUUACCGCUUGAUGCGCAACCAAGUGGAGAAUCAGUGGGAGAAACACGAUGCAUUCAACAAUGUCCUGUGGCUGCACUAUCUCGUGGAUAAGAUGAUCAAUGGCGCCAAGUACAAGUUGAAGCAUAGCAAGAAGCAUCGUGAUGCCAUUGAGGAGAUGAUGGUGCUCCGUGAUGACCUGUUGGACUUCAAAAGUGCCUCAGAUUAUGCGCAAAUGCUGAAGUGAGAAAGAGAGAGAUAGAGCAUAUCCCAAUCCUUGUAAAUUAUAUAUCUUUGAAGUGGAUUUUCUAGAGUGCAGACAUGGAGAGUAAUGAAUUUAUUUGUGUAGAAUGUUCGAAGAGUAGAAGCGUCACAAGUCAUGUGAAUUUAUUUCUUGACACUUUGUUUGAAAUGAGCAGAAUUUACUUCGAGAUAGCAAUAAAAAAAAAAUGUUCCGAUAUCGCAA